GCGAAACCCUAAAUCACCGUACCCCUCAAAUCGGCCGCCGCCGGCCGGCCACUUCCGGUCGGUAUCCCCCAUUUCAGAUCUCCUUCUUCUCCUUCAUCUCUUCUCGAUGCCUCCCCGACUUCGCUCGUCUACAAUCCCGUAUUCCUCUCGGUUCGCGGAGAGCCAGCCUCCGUCCUCUGCCGGCGUUGGCACCGCUCUGACCGGCCGUUUCGCAGCUCCGCUUCCCUCCACUGGCGGAGUUUUGACCGAUCCUUCCAGCUCUGUCAAUCCUCCUCUUCUCUCCCCUGACAUCAGCGGUCAAGCUCCGGGUAUGCCCCAAUCUCCCGUCUCCGGCGAGGAUAGUGGGCCUCCUCCGGUCACCCAGGUCACCGGCGUGUCUCUCCUGGCCAGUGGGCCUUCAACGGCUCUGAUUCCACUGUCAGCGAGCUCCCCCUCCGCUUCCCUCACCCAGCGGGAGCAAAACCUUACCCCGGCGUCUUUUGCCGAUGUGGCUCCUCCGGUCACCACCGGUGUGUCUCUUCCGACCAGCGGACUUCCAGCAGUUCCGAUUCUGUCGCCAGUGAGCUUUCCUUCUGCUUCCGCAGCGUCUAUUGCCGAUGCGGCUCUUCCGGUCACCCACCAAACGGGUGGGCCUCCAGCGGCUCAGGUCCUGGCCUCAUCUCGCCGCACCCUAGAAACCACCGCUCCCCAGGCCGACCAAACGGCUCCCCCGCAGAAGUCGUGGAGUAGUAUGGUUCGUGACUCCAUACGUAAACUAAAACGUAUAGGUACACCUUCCACCCAUCCCUCUGGUGCUCCCCUAGUGCAUAUUUCGCAGGAAUCCCUAGUGGCUGCAAAAACAGAAUGGGCAGAUUUCGUAAUCGGACAGUUUUACGGGCAUCCCCCUUCGAUGGGGAAGAUAAUCGGAGUUGUGAACUCAGUAUGGGUCAGACCUGGACAAAGAAUACGGGUGCAUGAUAUGGGAAAUGGAUGUUUUCUGUUUAGAGUUCCGAAUAUGACGGUUAAGGAAACCAUUCUUGGCCGCACAUUCUGGCAUAUUGGCUCAUGCCCGAUGAUAGUUUCCGAAUGGGAUCCGGAUCAUGACCCCGAUAAACCGCCAAUCCGGUCCAUCCAGACUUGGGUGAAAUUGCGCAAUGUACCACUAAAAUUGUUCGAUGAGGAUAGCUUGAGUAGGAUUGCAACAACUAUUGGAGACCCGCUAUACCUCGACAAGGCUACAGAGGGAAAGCUGAAUUUCUCAGUGGCGAGAAUCUUCAUGGAGGUCAACCUACAACAGACCCUUCCCAGAACUGUAGUGGUUAAGUUGCCGUCUGAUACAGAAGUGACCAUUGGCGUGUCUUACUCGUGGCUGCCCCCAACCUGUAGUAUCUGCUCUGAGAUUGGCCAUAAGUCAAACCGAUGUCCCCGCAACCUCCUCCGAGGGCCCAAGCCCGGACAAAGGAGAUUAGCUUAGCCGAACAUGCGAAGAAGAAAACCAACCGUCCAACGACAAACUAUACAACACAGGAAGCGGGAUCGAGUGUAGGGUUGAUAGCCCCUCAGGGCAGAGCUCAGACAUACCAAUCCCCGAGGGCAAGUCCAACCCCUCUCCUCCGCUUGCGGCAAUGGCUCCUGCUCCGUCUAUAGAGGUUGGCUGCCCGACUGUUCCAGUACCAACCGUUGCUGAGGACCCACCUACGGAGUCAAACUUGGAUGUUGGGUGUAACAUUGUAGAAGACCCCUCUCAGGAUCCAACCGAGGAGAUUUGUUUGUGUGAUGAUCCUCCUCCUCAACCCCCAUCGAACCAGGAGCUCUCUGAGGGCCAGGCUGAGCAUGGUCCCCCUAUAACAACAGCUCCACCUCCGAUGAUGCCCCCCCUUAUGGAAAAAGAGGAUAGUAAUGUUCCCCCCUUGGACAAGGAGGAUGCUAAUGUCCCCCUGUCCCAAGUUUCUCCCUCAGGCUCCCCAAGCCAGUCGAAGUUGAACCAUUCCCCUCGUUCUAAGGCGGGGAAAUCAAAGAAGCGUGGCCAAAAGGCCACUAGGAAGGCGUGAAUACCCAAGUAUACCCAUGUUAUUUUGUUGGAACGUGAGAGGCCUUAAUGGCCGUAAUAAGCGUCAUGCAAUUAGACAAUGGAUUUUGCGACACUAACCCCUAGUCGGGGGAUUUUUGGAGACUCAUGUUCAAGCAGCUAACAGUAUGAGAGUUUUGAGUGCACUUCCUACGGGAUGGAGGUUCAGGAGUAAUCAUGGCCCUGAAAGCAAUGGUCGUAUUUUUGUGGUUUGGGAACCCUCAGUUUCACUCAUUGUCUACCAGAGUUCGCCUCAAGCAGUCACAUGUGGCGUCCGAUUCCAGGGAGUAAUACUAAAUUUACUGUUACUUUUGUCUAUGCGGGUAACUCGUACCUUGAGCGCAGGCCACUUUGGGAGCACUUAAAGGAGCUAGCGGGGAAUCCGCUCUUAGCCCAAGCUCCUUGGAUAAUUGUUGGUGACUUUAAUCAGACUCUUGGACCGGAGGAUAGAUCUGACUACCCGGCACCCUCUCCGAUCACUCCAGGCCUCGAAGAUUUCCGGGAUUGUGUACAAUCAUCCAGGUUGAUUGAUAUGGAGACUAGAGGUGGCACAUUCACUUGGUGGAAUCGACAACAUGCUGACCCUAUGUUUGUCAGGCUGGACAGAGCCUUCAUCAACGAAGCCUGGUUCGAGGACUUCCCCCGGAGCUAUGCUGAGAUUCUUCCGAUGGGGCCUUCCGACCAUACCCCAAUCCUAGUCCGUCUACCAUCUGCUAGUAGACAGGUUCGCCGUCCGUUUAAAUACUUUCAUCACUUAUCCCUUCACCCUGAAUUCAAGCAGGUAGUUCGGGAGACUUGGGAGUCAUCCCCCAUGCUCGGAUUCCACCAGUUUCGUCUGUGCCAGCGGCUGAAGCUCCUUAAGCAGCCUCUGCGGAUACUGAACAAGACCCACUUCAGUCAACUCUCUGCGCGCACUAGGGAGGAAGGAAAUAGGCUGGAAUAGAUACAAACACAACUCUUGUCCCAACCGACGCCGGAGCUGGCACUGGAGGAAGGACGUAUCCGACAUUCUUGGCAGAUCCUGUUGGCUGCGGAAGAGAGAUUCUUCAGGCAAAAAUCUAGACUGCGGUGGCUAAAGCUUGGAGAUAGGAACACAAGCUUUUUUCACAAAACAACUAAGGCGAGGACUGCUAGAAACACCAUCCACUACUUGGUGAACGAUGCUGAUCAACGGUUGGUCGAGGACUCCACUAUCAAAGCCCAUGUAGUGGAAUACUACUCGAACUUGCUUGGCCACCGAGAUAAUGAGGUACUUCCACAACCUGAAUUUGGGCUUGAUGAGCUGAUUUAUUUCCGUUGUACAACAGAUAUUCAGGAUAAAUUAGUUCAGCCGGUGACUAGUGAGGAGAUUCACCUUGUGGUCAAGGCGAUGCCGAGAGUCCUGGCCCCGACGGUUACAUCAAAGAGUUCUUUACCUCAUCUUGGGAGAUCGUUGGGGCGGAUUUGACGCUCGCGGUACAAGAAUUCUUUAGAACGGGGAAGUUACUUAAGGAACUAAACGCAAUAGCCAUCACCCUCAUUCCGAAAAGAGUCGGUGCAGAAAAACUUGGCAAUUUCAGGCCUAUCAGCUGCUGCAACUUUAUCUACAAGGUCAUCUCGAAGAUCAUCGCAAAUCGCCUAAAGCCUAUACUCCAGAAAUGCAUCUCCCCGAAUCAGGUAGCCUUCCAGAAGGGUCGUAUGAUGAUGGAGCAUGUGUUGCUAGCCACAGAGAUUAUCAGAGAUUAUCACCGUAGCUCGUCAUGUCCGAACGCUCUAUGGAAGGUAGACAUUCGAAAGGCAUUCGACACUGUCAAAUGGAAGUUCGUACUCGAAAUACUUAGGACGAUGGAUUUUCCAAGGGUGUUUGUGGAAUGGAUCCGAGAGUGUAUCACUACGCCGCGAUUCUCGGUAUCUGUCAAUGGCAAACUCUCUGGCUACUUCCCAAGUUAUCAGGGCUUGAGGCAAGGGGAUCCACUCUCUCCCUACCUUUUCAUACUGGCAAUGGAACCUCUAACAAAGCUUCUCGACAUUUCCGCCAACCUAGGCAGAUUCGAACUACACUUUAGGUGCGAUGACCCCUUACUCACACAUCUGAUUUUUGCUGAUGAUUUGGUCAUUUUUAGUAGGGGGUCAAUCAACUCCAUCACGACGAUCAAAAGUGUCCUCGAGGGCUUUGCUCAACAGUCGGGCUUAUCCAUGAACCCUUCCAAAUCCGAGAUAUUUUUUGGUGGUAUGACAGAACACGACACGAACCGCAUCAGUUCAGCCUUGGGCUUGAGAUUGGGGAAAUUGCCGAUGACUUACUUGGGGCUGCCUCUCAGCCCUUGGAAACUCUCAAAGCAUGACUUCCAACCUCUCUUGGACAGGAUCUCAAGGCGAACUCUUGGUCACAAUCUUUUGUCAUCCCCAAGGGCAUUCUUCGGAUAAUUGACGGUCUCUGCUCAAAAUUCCUAUGGAAAUCUAGUACUAGCACAUCGGCGAGCAUGGGCUGAGGUCUGCAAACCAAAAUCAGAAGGAGGACUAGGCAUUCGGAAACUUGAAGAUUUUAAUACAGAUUUUCGAUUGAAGUUGAUAUGGAUGUUGUUCCAGGAAUCGGGCUCUCUUUGGGUGGCAUGGACCCAUCAGCAGUGCUCCGACGUAGAGGAUAUUGGGAUACUUCACCAUCCUCUAGGCUCUCAUGGAACCUGAGGAAGCUUCUACUUCUAAAACCGGUGGUGCGGCAGUUUAUUCGAUGUUCCUUGGGCGAUGGUAAACGAGCUGCAUUCUGGUUUGAUACUUGGACAGACCUUGGCCCCCUGAUCGAGCAUGUAGGUGAAGAUGGCCCCCGCAUGUUGAGGAUUCCACGACAGGCCAGAGUAGCAGACGUUGUUUCAGACUCGGGCUGGACUCUCCCGGCGGCUAGAUCACAGAGAGUGUUGGACCUCUACAUCAGGUUGGCUUCCUUGCAGUUGCCAAGCUCAGAUAGCGGACCAGAUAGGUAUGAAUGGAAGAAUGAUCAAAACACGUUUGCAGGUGCAUUCUCCUCUGCAGGCACUUGGAAAUUACUCCGUCAGCCUUCGUCGGAAGUGUCGUGGCACUCACUGGCUUGGUUUUCUGAGGGAGUCCCGAGAUAUAGUUUUAUCCAAUGGAUGGCUCUUCGAUGCCGACUACCGACGCGUGACAGACUUUACCGAUGGGGGCAGUUGCAGUUUCAACCUGUUUGCUCUGUAGUUUAGAGGAGGAGUCACACUCUCACCUCUUCUUCCGCUGCAGCUACAGUAGUCAGGUCUGGUCCCCUUUUGCCCGAUGCAUUUGGCGCAGGCCACCUUUAGAUCUCCAAGACAUCCUGGGCUAGAUGAGACAUCCGGGAAAUGAUCUGUCCCAUAAUAGGAAUCUUAUUUCCCUAAUUCUUCUCCAAUGCUCACUUUACCUACUAUGGUCAGAAAGGAAUACAAGGCUUUUCCGAGGUGUUGUUUCAUCGGCUGACUCACUUUGUGGCACACUAAAUGCCAUGGUCCGAAAUUGUAUACUCUCACUCCUUGGCUCCUCUCGUAGGGUUGAUCCGGAUCUCCUUGUCGACUGUAUAUAAUUGCAGGUACAAGCAAUAGGAGCGAAUUAAAGGACAAAAACCCCGGAAAAGAACGAGCUAUGAUGUUACACAUGAUCGUGUCAUUUGUACUCACACGAUCGUGUCUCAUCAUCCAGAAGACCACAAUCAGAUCGAGAGUCCACCCGAUCAUGUCACAUCCCAACACACGAUCGGGUCAUUUCGCCAAGAUAAGAGAAGUUUUGAAGUCUCACCUGAUCGUGUCAUGUACCAACACACGAUCGGGCCAAGUCGUGAAAAAUCAGACACUAGAAUCAACAGACUCACACGAUCGUGUCCUCCGGAAUCACACGAUCGUGUCACUUACGGGACCUUUCAGGAAUAUUCCCAAAUCAGGGCAGAAAAGAGGAAGUUAACUAGGGGUAGCAUCCCAGUUGAGAAACAUUCAGACUUUUCACAGAAAAUACACCCUACAGCACACAAGAAGAGAGAGAUUAUCAAGAGGCAAGAGAUCGGAGUAGAAGACAGAGAUUACGAAGUCGGGAAAUCGACUAAGCAUUCUUCCUUUCUUCUAUUUUACGAUGUUUUUGUUAUUGAUAUGAAUCCUGAUAUCUCGAUGUUUAGCCAGUAGUCACAUAGCUGUAGAUUAGGGAUUUGCUAUGUAAGGAUCUUUGGUUUUGAUUUCCAGACUUUGUGGAUCUAUUUAUUCCAUUCAGUUUA